UUUGGGUAGAUUCAGGAGCAUAACUAUCCAGAUGGGCGACUGGCGGCGAGGUGAGAACUAGCCAGUUUUCCCGCGGAGCCCGCGCACGCCUGAGGGGGGCGCCAAGUCCGGCUUUAUUGCCGUCCCGGGAAGGACCCGCCUCUUCAUCGCCUUCCUCCCAAUGCUCGUGCAGUUCUGUGACCCUGGAAAAUAGAGCCUUUCCUUCCCUCCGCCCCCGGCCCCUCCCCGCCCACCCGCGUCUAAAUCCAACUCGAUUUCUGAGCCCUUGGCUGCAUAGUCCCUGUGGCUGGUGCCAUCCUCUGCCCACCUCGGGAGCCCACAGACCCCGCGUCGAGGCGGUGUAACGCGGCGGGAAACCGCGCGUCCGUCAUUACCCUCGCGAAAUAACCGGCCGGCCCCGGCCUGCGAGCUCUCGGUGCUCUUUUCAAGGGAUAAACUAUUUACGGGUCCUCGGCGGCAUAAGAGGUACCAGACCGAAGGGAAGGGAGGCAGAGUCGUAAGGAAGACUUCCCGCGGAGCAGAGGACCUUGGGCUUGUUCGUUUUGGCGCGUCUGAACUCUUGUUAUAGCAAACAAAUUAAUGGCAGUCCCUGUGCUUAUAAUUGGCAAUGGGGGAAGGGAACACACACUGGCUUGGAAACUUGCUCAGUCUCCUCAUGUCAGCCAGGUGAUAGUUGCCCCAGGAAAUGCAGGAACAGCCAACAAUGGGAAGAUUUCGAAUUCAGCUGUGUCAGUCAAUGAUCAUACUGCCCUCUCUCAGUUCUGCAAAGAACAGAAAAUUGAACUUGUAGUUGUUGGACCAGAGGCUCCUCUUGCUGCUGGAAUUGUUGGGAAUCUAACGUCUGCUGGAGUGAGGUGUUUUGGUCCCACAGCAAAGGCAGCUCAGUUAGAGUCCAGCAAAAAAUUUGCCAAGGAGUUUAUGGACCGACAUGGAAUCCCAACUGCAAAGUGGAAAGCUUUCACCGACCCUGAAGAAGCCUGCAACUUUGUUAUGAGUGCAGAUUUUCCUGCUUUGGUUAUAAAAGCCAGUGGUCUGGCUGCUGGUAAAGGAGUAAUUGUGGCUAGUAGCAAAGAAGAGGCUUGCAAAGCAAUUCAAGACAUAAUGCAGGAUAAAGCUUUUGGAGCAGCUGGUGAUACUGUUGUAAUUGAAGAAGUUCUUGAAGGAGAAGAGGUGUCUUGUUUAUGUUUUACUGACGGUAAGACUGUGGCCCCAAUGCCACCAGCACAGGACCAUAAGCGAUUGCUGGAUGGAGACCAUGGCCCCAAUACAGGAGGAAUGGGAGCUUAUUGUCCAGCACCUCAGGUUCCUAAAGAUCUGUUAUUAAAAAUUAAAAAUACCAUUCUUCAGAGAACAGUAGAUGGCAUGCAGCAAGAAGGUGUUCCAUAUGUAGGAAUAUUGUAUGCUGGUAUAAUGCUUACCAAGGAUGGCCCAAAAGUUCUUGAGUUUAAUUGCAGAUUUGGGGAUCCAGAAUGUCAGGUGAUUCUUCCACUUCUUAAAAGUGAUUUUUAUGAAGUAAUUCAAUCAGUUUUAGAUGGUCAGCUUUCUAAUUCUCUGCCAGUUUGGCUUGAAGAUAGUGCUGCUGUAACUGUUGUCAUGGCAAGUAAAGGUUAUCCUGCAGAUUACACCAAAGGCAUGGAGAUAACAGGAAUUCCUGAGGCUAGAGCUUUAGGCCUGGAGGUGUUCCAAGCAGGCACAUCCCUGAAAGAGAAUAAAGUAGUAACUAAUGGUGGUAGAGUUCUUACAGUAACAGCCAUCCAGAAAGAUCUGAUGUCAGCUCUUCAAGAAGCCAAUAAAGGAAUAACUGUUAUAAAAUUUGAAGGAGCUGUUUAUAGAAAAGACAUUGGCUAUCAAGCUAUCUCUUUCCUAAAACAGUCCAGAGGCUUGACUUAUAAGGAAAGUGGGGUGGAUAUUGCAGCUGGCAAUGAACUGGUUAAGAAAAUUAAGCCUUUAGCUAAAGCCACCUCCAGACCUGGAUGUAAUGUAGACCUUGGAGGAUUUGCUGGUCUCUUUGACUUAAAAGCAGCCGGUUAUAAAGAUCCCCUUCUGGCAUCUGGGACAGAUGGAGUUGGAACCAAGUUAAAGAUUGCCCAACAAUGCAAUAAACAUGAUACCAUUGGUCAAGAUUUGGUUGCAAUGUGUGUCAAUGAUAUUUUGGCUCAAGGAGCAGAGCCUCUGUUUUUCCUUGAUUAUUUUUCCUGUGGAAAACUUGAUGUCAGCACAGCUGAAACUGUCAUUGCUGGUAUAGCAAAAGCAUGUGAAAAAGCAGGAUGUGCUCUUUUGGGUGGUGAGACAGCUGAAAUGCCUGGUGUGUAUCCCCCUGGAGAAUAUGACCUUGCAGGUUUUGCUGUUGGUGCCAUGGAACGAGAUCAAAAGCUCCCUCAACUGGACAGAAUCACUGAGGGGGAUGUUAUCAUUGGAAUAGCCUCUUCUGGAGUCCAUAGUAAUGGAUUCAGCCUUGUAAGGAAGAUUGUAGAAAAUUCUUCCUUCCAGUUCUCCUCUUUAGCACCUGAUGGAUGUGGUAAUCAAACUCUAGGGGAAUUGUUGUUAAAUCCAACCAAAAUCUAUAGCCGAACAUUGUUACCUGUUCUUCGUUCAGGGCAUGUUAAGGCCUUUGCCCAUAUUACUGGAGGUGGACUACUUGAAAACAUCCCUAGAGUUCUUCCUGAGAAAUUCGGGGUGGAUUUGGAUGCUCGAUGCUGGAAGAUCCCUAGGAUAUUCUCAUGGCUUCAGCAUGAGGGACGCCUCUCAGAAGAGGAAAUGGCUAGGACAUUUAAUUGUGGAAUUGGGGCUGUCAUGGUGGUACAAAAAGAUCUGGCUAAGCAAGUUCUGAAGAAUGUACACCAGCAAGAAGAGGAAGCCUGGAUAAUCGGGAAUGUAGUUACUUGUCCUACAGGUUCUUCCCGUGUGAAAGUCAAUCAUCUGAUUCCAACAAUGCAGAUAAAUGGAUCUGUUUCAUUAGUGAAUGAAUCUUUAAAGACUUGCCUCGGCGUACAACCAAAGAGGGUACAAGUGGCUGUUCUAAUAUCUGGGACCGGCACAAAUCUCCAGGCCUUAAUAGAUAGCACUCAGGAAUCAACAAGCUAUGCACAAAUUGUUGUUGUUAUCUCUAACAAAGCUGGAGUGGCAGGGCUAGAGAAAGCAGAAAAUGCUGGUAUUCCUACUAAGGUAAUCGAUCAUAAAUUAUAUAAAAGUCGUUCAGAAUUUGACAGUGAAGUUGACAAUGUCCUUGAAGAGUUCUCCGUUGACUUAGUCUGUCUUGCAGGAUUCAUGAGAAUUUUAUCUGGUCCUUUUGUCCAAAAGUGGAAUGGUAAAAUACUCAACAUCCACCCAUCAUUGCUCCCUUCUUUUAAGGGUUCAAAUGCCCAUGAGCAGGUUCUUGAAGCUGGAGUGAGAAUCACUGGCUGCACAGUACAUUUUGUGGCUGAACAAGUGGAUUCUGGACAAAUUAUUAUUCAAGAGGCUGUCCCAGUAAUGAGAGGUGACACUGUUGCAACUUUAUCAGAAAGAGUGAAAAUAGCAGAGCAUAAAGCAUUUCCCGCCGCUUUACAGAUGGUGGCCAGUGGUGCAGUAAAACUUGGAGAAAAUGGAAAGAUUUGUUGGAGUAAAGAGGAAUGAAACACCAUAAAUUUAGAGUGGAAGAAUUUGGAUUUAUCUGUCUAUCAAGUGUGGUCAUUUGUACCUUCUGUCAUGUAUGCAAAAUACUAGCUAACAGAGGAGAAAUCCUUACACCUCUGCUAAAAAAAAAACCAUUUGUUACUAACAGACCUUCUCAUAAGAUUAAUAUAUCACCCAUACAUACAAAAAUAUUUAUAACUCUUUUUGUGGUUUCAAAGGAUUGGAAAUUGACAGGAUGCCUGUCAGUUGGGGAAUGACUGAACAAGUUGUGCUAUACGAUCAUGAUGGAAUGCUAUUGUGCUAUAAGAAAAGCAGAAUGAUUUCAAAAAAUCCUGGAAAGACUUAUGUGGACUGAUACAAAAUGAAGUGAGCAGAACCAGGAGAACACUGUACACAAUAACAGCAAUAUUGUACAGGUGUGAAUGACUUAAAUAUUCUGAUCCAAAACAAUUCCAAAGGACAUGGGAUGAAAAAUGGCAUCCACUUCCAGAGAAAGAACCAAUGGAGAUUGAAAUUGAAGCAUACUUUUUUACUUUUCUAUUUUUCUUGCUUUUUGGCUUUUGGCUUUUUGGUCUGUGUUUUCUUUUGCAAGAUGGCUAAUGUAGAAAUGUUUUGCAGUAUAUCACACGUAUAAUUGAAGUCAAAUUGCUUGCUUCCUCAAGAGAGGGAGAGAAUUUGGAACUCAAAUUUUUUUAAAUGACUUUAAAAAAAAUUUUUAUUACUUGUAAUUGGGAAAUAUUUAAUGAAAUUAAUAAAAAUAUUUU